UAGUAGAUUCGUGUUCUUUAAUUUUUUCGUGUUAUUAGUAGAAAAUUCGUCGUUAAUGAAUUAUGGAGGCUGGUGCGAGUACCGGUACUCGUACAACGCGAUUUAUGAUGGAAGGUGUCGGAGCUCGGGUCAUCCGUGGACCCGAAUGGAAAUGGGGUAAACAGGAUGGAGGAGAGGGUCAUGUGGGGACUGUUAGAAAUUUUGAAUCUCCAGAAGAAGUUGUUGUUGUUUGGGAUAAUGGUACUGCAGCUAAUUAUCGUUGUUCUGGAGCAUUUGAUCUUCGAAUUUUGGAUUCAGCUCCAACGGGUGUAAAGCAUGAUGGAACAAUGUGCGAUACAUGUAGACAACAACCAAUUUUUGGAAUUCGUUGGAAAUGUGCAGAGUGUGGAAAUUACGAUCUCUGCUCUAUUUGUUAUCAUGGUGAUAAACAUCACCUGAGACAUAGAUUUUAUCGUAUAGCAACUCCUGGAAGUGAAAGAGUCUUAUUAGAACCAAGGCGUAAAAGUAAAAAGAUUGCAAUUCGUGGUAUAUUUCCUGGUGCGAGGGUUGUGCGAGGUGUUGAUUGGCAAUGGGAAGAUCAAGAUGGUGGAAAUGGGCGAAGAGGUAAAGUCAACGAAGUUCAAGAUUGGUCAGCUGCUAGCCCACGAUCAGCAGCAUACGUUAUAUGGGAUAAUGGUGCCAAAAAUUUGUAUCGUGUUGGUUUUGAAGGCAUGGCGGAUUUGAAAGUCGUUAACGAUGCUAAGGGUCAGACAGUAUAUAGGGAUCAUUUGCCACUAUUAGGUGAACAGGGUCCAGGUCGAACUGGACCACAUGGAUUACAAAUUGGAGAUCAGGUUAAUGUUGAUUUAGAAUUAGAAAUAGUACAGUCAUUACAACAUGGACAUGGUGGUUGGACAGAUGGAAUGUUCGAAUGUCUCGGCACUACUGGCACUGUUGUUGGUAUUGACGAAGAUCAUGAUAUUGUCGUGUCAUAUCCAAGUGGAAAUCGGUGGACUUUCAAUCCUGCUGUAUUGACGAAAGUACAAAUACCAGUACCAGUUACCAGUUCAAGCUCUGAUAACCAAACAUUUGCGGUUGGAGAUUUGGUACAAAUAUGUAACGAUCUAGAGAAAAUUAAAUUGCUUCAACGCGGUCAUGGCGAAUGGGCCGAAGCAAUGGCACCGACUAUGGGGAAAAUUGGUAGAGUUUUGCAAAUAUAUCACGAUGGAGAUUUAAAAGUAGAAGUUUGCAGUACAUCUUGGACAUACAAUCCUCAAGCGGUCACGAAAGUAGCAAGUAGCGAUGGUAGUGUUCCAGGAAAUAGCAGUGGAGAACGUUUAUCGGCACUGUUGAAAAAAUUAUUUGAGACACAUGUCUCGGGCGAUGUUAACGAAGAAUUAGUAAAAACUGCCGCGAAUGGCGAUGCUGCUAAAUGUGAAGAAUGUUUGAAAAGACCCGAAGCUGAUGUAAACGGUGUAUUUGCUGGCCAUACUGCUUUGCAAGCUGCAAGUCAAAAUGGUCAUCUAGAAGUUAUUAAAAUUCUCCUCCGCUAUAAGGCAGAUGUAGAAAUUGAAGAUAAAGAUGGCGAUAGAGCUGUACAUCAUGCAGCUUUUGGAGAUGAACCGGGUGUAAUGGCAUUGUUGGCUGGUGCUGGAGCUGACUUGAAUGCGAGAAAUAAAAGGCGUCAAACAGCCCUCCAUAUCGCGGUUAACAAAGGACAUGCCGGUGUAGUGCGUACGUUGCUGGAAUUAGGUUGCCAUCCGAGUUUACAGGACUCAGAAGGUGACACUCCCCUUCACGAUGCAAUCUCUAAGAAACGGGAUGACAUGUUGGCUCUGUUGUUGGACCAUGCCGCAGACAUCACCCUCACGAACAACAAUGGCUUCAACGCUCUGCACCACGCCGCUCUUCGUGGAAACCCGAGCGCGAUGCGAGUACUCCUCUCCAAACUUCCGAGACCAUGGAUAGUUGACGAGAAAAAGGACGACGGUUACACGGCCCUUCAUCUGGCUGCCCUCAACAAUCACGUCGAAGUUGCUGAACAGCUGGCACGUGCUGGAAAAGCUGACCUGGAUUUGCAAAAUGUCAAUUUGCAGACCGCGCUGCAUCUCGCCGUCGAGCGACAACACACGCAGAUCGUUCGUCUGCUGGUACGCGAGGGCGCCAACUUGAACGUGGCCGACAAGGACGGCGACACGCCUCUUCACGAAGCCUUGAGAUAUCACACGUUGUCGCAGCUGCGACAGCUGCAGGACGUCCAGGACGUCGGACGCCUCCUGAUGGGUCUGGGCGCGCAGGGCCAGGACAAGAAGAGUAGCUCGUUCAUUGCCUGCUUCCUCGCUGCCCACGGAGCCGACCUGGAAUUGAAGAACAAGAAGGGACAGACUCCCCUUGACCUCUGUCCGGAUCCGAAUCUCUGCAAAACGCUAACUACUUGCCACAAGGACAGAGAAUCACACAAUAUUGAAGCGACAGUCCCGUCAGCGACGAUCGACGAGUGUUUGGUCUGCUCGGAUGGAAAACGUGAAAUGCUCUUCAGCCCCUGCGGACAUGUCGCUUGUUGCAACACUUGUGCGCCAAGGGUGAAGAAAUGUCUGAUCUGCAGGGAGAACGUUCUGUCCAGAAUGAAGAUUGAGGAGUGUGUCGUUUGUUCUGAUCGCAAGGCUGGCGUACUGUUUCGUCCGUGUGGGCACAUGUGUGCUUGCGAAGGUUGCGCUGCGCUUAUGAAGAAAUGCGUCCAAUGCAGAGCCCAGAUUCAACACAUGGUGCCGUUGUCCCUCUGUUGCGGUGGAGGAGGAGACGUCACUUACGUUAAAGGCUGCAAUACUUCAGGUACUAUCUCGGAGGUAAAAAGCGAUCCAGAGGAAGAACCAACAACGAGCAAACAAACUACCGGAAACGGGGAACCUCUCAUGAACAACGGAAGCAUAGAUAAAACUCUGAGCGAUAUAGAGAAACUUGAACAACAACUUCAGGACAUCAAGGAACAGACCAUGUGUCCAGUUUGCCUGGAUCGUUUGAAGAACAUGAUAUUCCUAUGCGGCCACGGAACCUGCCAAAUGUGUGGAGACCGGAUGUCAGAAUGCCCGAUAUGCCGGAAGGCGGUAGAUAGACGGAUUUUACUCUAUUAAACAUAGGAAACUGAAUACUUUUUCAGGCCGGAGUUUUGUAUAGGUAAAAGAUUAAAAGAAUAAUUAAAUAUUGCGCCGACUCAGACGCAAAUUUUAUACCACUUUAAAGUUUCGAGAUCUGAAUUAUUAUUAUAACCAGAGUUGGGCAAAUUUUGUUCCUGAAUAACGAAUAAUAUUUUUGGAUUAAUUCGUAAACUAACGUCCGUUUACGUUCCAUUUGUAAAUUUAUUCUACGACGCGAUAUUUAAUUGUUCCUUUAUUAGAAAAGAGUGACUGAAGGAAGAACUUCAUUUCUUCACGAAACUUAAAACUUCGGCUCUUAAUUAUGCGACGCAAUUAUAAUUGAUCGAUCAAUCGAAAUAGAUUAUUGACUGCGGAUCACGCAAAACACGAAACGGACGUAAUAAUUAUAGCGAAGUAUGAAAGAAAUUAGUCACUGUCUAAUAAGUAUAAGCAGUGCUGUGUUUCCUUUCUUUCUUCAAUUAAUUUUAUCCGACAUAUAAUCAAUAAUAAAUAGACAAUUGUCUUCUAGUAAUUAUCAUUAGUCGAUAAGCACAUUUAAGACAUUUCCAUGUAUUCAUACUGAUGUUUACAAUUACCGCGGUACAUAACUUGUACGCACAAUUGUCAUUUGACUAUAUUCGAUAAAAAUUCAAACAGUACUACGAAUGGUAUUGUUAAACUACAAUUUCCUACAGAGUCAAGCCAGCGAAUCUUUCACGAAGCUUUUGCUUUCCUUAAUCGGGUAUAAUCAAUCAGUGGGGCAAGAAAAUUUGUAUUUUGCAAUAGUGAUAGUUAAGCAAUGAUGCUGGAAUUUCAGCGUGCUAUUAUCUAUUUUACAUUGUAUUAAACAUGCAUUCUAUGCUCUUGUCUUUUGUUACAAGAGCUCUUUUGUGUUUGUUAUUAAUUUUUUUUUGUAACAGAUUUUAUAGUAUAUAAUUCUCUUGUCCUGCAGUCACUGUGCAUAAAUUUCUUGUAAAUAUGUUCCACCUAUUCUUUUCUCAGCCUAAUAAUUAAUAUAGCUGCAUCUGCUUUCCCUACUUGA